AUGAAGGUCUCAACGACCGACAAACCCGGCUGUAGAGAACGGUGUAAGAUGACUAAAUCAAAAGUGGUAAAAACAGCAGUGGUCAUUUCAGUUUUGAGUUUCAUCUAUCUUUUACAUCAAUAUUCACUGGUGGAUAAUGAAACGCAAACACGAAAGGAAGUGUUUCACUUAUUUUUUAAUUUAUCAAAACAAAACAAAACCAGAUUAUAUUUAAUUGAUCCAGAUGUUAUAUCAAUGAACAUAUUUCAUAGUAAUAAUAAUAAUAACAGAAAUAAUACCAUAGGUGAUAGGAACAUGAUCACUCUUGGUAUGAAUGGUACAGUGGAUACGAAGGCAAUGCAACAUUUGUCAGCUUUGUAUAAAUUAAAUUUCGAAAAACCAAGAUACCCCAUAUUUGAUAUUUCCCAUUUUUUUCAAUAG